GGUAGACGCGGGUUUUUGGUCACGACCGGUACCUCAUGGAAUCCCUAGUUAAGAAGACGUGCUAUGAGUUAAAGGAUCACGGAGUGCUCCACCACCAUGGUGCAGAAGAUCGUUGGAGCCUAAGUGUAUUUAAGAAAAAAUUCCACGUGGAAAUUAUUCGUCAUGGCGAGGAGUCUGAUACAAUGGAAUUCGAUAUGAUUAAUUUGGAUUGCUCCUUCGCUAAUGCAGUUCGGCGAAUUUUGGUCUCUGAAGUUCCUUCUCUCGCAAUAGAAAGGGUCUAUGUUUCUCAGAACACGAGUAUCAUGCCGGACGAGGUUAUGUGUCAUCGCCUUGGCUUAAUCCCACUCGCUGUUGACCCCAAAUAUUUUUUGUUCCCUACAAGAAAGCCUCCUGCUUCCGACGACCUAUCAGGGUUUGACCCUAAAGAACACCUAGUAUAUGAUAUGCGCGUUGGUUUCACACAUUCUAGCAAAGAUUCCCAUAAUAAAUCUGGAAAAGAUAAGGAUGACACUUUACCUGUGGCUCAGUAUUUACCAGUGUACAGUUCGGAUCUCAAGUGGAUACCACUAACUGGUCAGGAGGAUCAUUUUAAUAUCAAUAAUCCUCCUAUCCCAGUAUCAUCAACAAUACUUAUCAAUAAAUUAGCUCUUGGUGAUGAAAUCGAAGCUCGAUGUGUUGCAGUGAAAGGAAUUGGUCGGGAUCAUGCUAAAUUUUCACCCGUUGCAGCAGCUUAUUAUAAAUUUCAUCCAAUUAUCAAACUUCUUCGUACAAUUGAAGGAGAACAGGCAGUUAAGUUGCAAAAAAGUUUUGCAUCUGGUGUGAUUGGAAUAAACUCAAAAACUGGUCAAGCCUUUGUCGAUAAUGCUCGUUUAGAUAAUGGUUCUCGAGAACAUAUGCGUCAUCCUGAAUUCCGUGACGAUGUUAUUUUCGUUGGGAUGGAUUCAUCACAUUGUAUUUUCACUGUUGAAACGAUAGCUCCUGGUAGCCGCCCUCCAUCAUCAUUAGUCCGUUGUGCUUUAGGUGUUAUGAUUAGCAAAUGUUCACAUUAUAUGGCUGUUACAGAAACACCUGGUUUUGGAGAUCACGUUGAGGAGUGUAAACCACUCAUUGAUAUACCUAAAGAUAACACUGAAAGUCAUACAACUGAAAAAAAUCUAUUAUUUCCUAAAGGUAAUCGUAGUCAUCUAAAUGGACGUGAAGUUGGGCUUGAAGUAGUGCAUAUCACACACGACAAAUCACGUGCAACAUUUACUUUCUUUGGAGAAGAUCAUACAUUAGGUUUAGCGCUUAGAUAUUGCAUUCUACGAGAGUAAGUCUCCUGGUAUACUCGUCAUAUUUUUUUCAUUUGUACUGUUUUGUCAGUAUGCGUAUUGAAUUUUUAUAAUAUAACUAUAGGCUGUUCUAUGAGUAUUUUAUUCAUAUCAGUGUUGUUAAUCAUCGUUAAUAGAAGAUCUUGACACGAAUGUGUAUCAGCCUAAGUUGCUACAUUUUACAUCAGCAAAGAAGAGAAAAUCAUAUAUACUAUAACGGAAAUCUAAAUAUGAGAAAUCCACUGCAUGAGGAACAAAUAAAAUUAAAGAAUGGAAAGUCAAGAAUAAUACUCAGUAUUCAGAAAAUAGAAAGUUCAUGUAGCUACGUUAUAGUGUAUGCUAAUUAUUCUGACAGAUAAACAGUAUGUAGAAGCAAUCGGAAGUAGAAUGUCUUUCAACAGAAAAUUGGACAGGAUGGGAAUCAGAGAGCAACUGUAAUAACAACAGAAUUGGAAGAAUCAUGAAGCAUUUAAAGGGCGAUUGAAGGAAGAUGUGUAAAUAAUGUAUUUAACGUAUGGGUUUUUUUCAUAUUUUAUGACGACACUAUAAUUUUGCAUGGAAAAAAAUAAAUUCGUUUUCUCCACCUCCGUUUUAAGCCAUGCCACCUGUCUGCAAACAUAAAUCAUGACAAUUUCUCAUGUCUCCAAUCAAUAAGUCCACACUUGCUGACGUAGUUCAGUCUAGAUAACCAGGUUUAGAUCCUGUGGUAGAUUAUGCUGUGGUCGUGAGCUAGUAAUAUUCAGAAAACGGAUAUUCAUGGAAUAAUGAAUAGUUUCGAUAAAGAAUCUGCUCCAAGUGUUCGUAUAUUUUGUAGAAUACAUGUAAAUCAAGAUCAUAACUGUAUAUUUGAGUAAUGUGUAAUUCUACCUUCAUAAACUGGUUUCUAUUCAAAAACAACUGAGCUUUCAAUGAACAAUAAACUACUUCUAUACUCUGUUAGCGUGGCAUGUCAGUACAGUGUUUAUUAUCAAGCUAUUCGGUUAAUUAAAAAAGCGAUAUUAGUUAGUAAAGACAGGACUUUCGAAAUUAAGAGUUUGACUGUUACACCCUACCCCCUCAAUAGGUCAAUCUUAACGCACUGAUUACAAAACCUGAAGAUCACGUAGUUAAUGUCCUAAAUGAUGAAUAUUAUUUACUCCUAGUUUUCACUAAUUCCUCGAAUUGUGGAAUAUCUGUUUGAUUUCCAAAUCCGAUUUCCGAUACUAUAUAACUAAUUUUGUUAAUCAUAAAGAAACCAAAUAGUACAACAAACUGUAAAAAUCUAUAUCACCAAACUUCGUCUAUGAUGGUCAACAGUAGCAUGUUCAUGUGCCAUCAGGUUUUUAGGUUCUGUUGUAUAGAUGAUGAACAAACUGCAAAUCAGUAGAUAGAAUUUUGACAGAUUUUAGCUGUCAUUCAAAUAAUGUGGUUCUGUACAAGGAAUUAUGUCUUUUUUAUUCGUCUUCUUUAAACAACUUGAUCUAAUGGUAUUUUAUGAUGUCUUUUUAAGUUUCAGUUAUACUACAUAGUUUAAUAUGUUUCACUCUCCUUCUAUUCCAGUGAGUCAGUUAGCUUUUGCGGUUAUUGUGUACCCCAUCCUUUAGAGGAUAUGAUUAAUUUCGACAUUCAAAUGAAAAAAGGUUCAGCUAUCGAUGCUCUACGAAAUGGUCUCCAAUGUCUACGGGAUUGUUUUCAACAUAUGAAGCAAACAUUCAUAUCAGCAAUGAAAAUUUCAAGAAGUACUAGAAAAUCAUCAUAAUGAGUUGUUUUUCUUCUUUUCAAUUGUAUAUUUUCGUCUCGAUUUUGUUAGACUAUUUCUAAUACUGUUGCAAAAACAGAAACUGUACAAAAACAAUUCAAAAGUCGAGAAAAUUAUAAUACUAAUAACGA